AUGUUCUCCCUCUCACAGAGGUUUCAAACAGUAUCUAAUACAGCCGUUACAGUGGGCUUGUUUUUGGCUGCGUUCAUUAUUGGGACGUCGUGGUUUCAAUUGGUUUCCAACCACGCUUUUGAUUUAUCUUCUAGUAUCUCCAAUGUCACCCCAAAGAUCAAUGUCAGGACAAGCAGAUACUAUGGAUCUGUCAACGGGAAAGCAAAAGAGAACGCCAAAGUUUCAUUUGACUUAGAAGCGGACUUGACCAAGUUGUUCAACUGGAACACCAAGCAAGUGUUUACUUACCUGACCGCCGAAUACGAGAACGUUAAACAUACGAGACAAAAUGAAGUCACUUUCUGGGACAAGAUCAUUACUAGUAAAGAUGAUGCAGUACUGAAUUUAACUGAUGCUCAAUCGAAGUAUCACGUUUGGGACGUUCAAGAAAAAUUGACCGGCAAAGAUCUGAAGCUCAAACUACAUUGGAAUAUACAGCCUUGGGUGGGUCCUCUCGUUUACGGCGAAACUGAUGGUACGUUUACUCUGUCAAUUCCGGAGAGGGAGAAGACGGAAAAGAAAGCCAAGGAGUCUGAGAGCGCGGAAUCAUCCUCACCAAACUAG